GGCAGAUUAGGGAAGCAGUGCUGGCUGUUUAUACAGAAGGAAAGAGAAUGUCUGCCGCCACGCCAUUCACCAUUCACCAUUCACCAUUCACCUGUAUAUAUAUAGAGAGAGAGGAUAUACAUUGUUCCUUCUUUCCUUCCUUCCUUCCAGUCACUGUACCCCCAUUUUGAAUUGAGUCCCUCCCUCCCAACUCUCUCUCUCUCUCUCUCUCUCUCUCUCUCUCUAUAUAUAUAUAUAUAUAUAUCUGAUUUUCAUAGAGAGAGAGAGAAAGGGAUAUAGAUACAUAUCGAAAGAGACAGAAGCAGAUGGCCGUGGCGGCCUAUGGUCAGCUCAAUGUGGACGAGUUACCGUCAUGGGGUUCUCGUACCGUAGACUGCUUCGAGAAAUUGGAACAAAUUGGUGAAGGAACCUACGGUCAAGUAUACAUGGCCAGAGAAAUUAGAACAGGGGAAAUUGUCGCUUUGAAAAAGAUUCGCAUGGACAAUGAAAAAGAAGGGUUUCCUAUAACUGCUAUCCGGGAGAUUAAAAUCCUAAAAAAGCUGCACCAUGAAAAUAUCAUUAAGCUGAAAGAGAUUGUGACCUCACAAGGUCCUGAGGUGGAUGGGCAAGGGAAACCAGAUGGUAAUAAGUUCAAUUGCAACAUUUAUAUGGUUUUUGAGUACAUGGAUCAUGACUUGACUGGUCUUGCUGAUCGUCCUGGACUGAGAUUUACAAUUCCCCAGAUUAAGUGUUAUAUGAGGCAACUACUGACCGGGCUUCAUUACUGUCAUGUCAAUCAAGUACUUCACCGGGACAUAAAAGGUUCUAAUCUUCUGAUAGAUAAUGAGGGAAAUCUCAAGCUUGCAGAUUUUGGGCUAGCACGGUCAUUUUCCAAUGACCACAAUGCAAAUCUUACAAAUCGUGUUAUUACUUUGUGGUACAGACCUCCAGAGUUGCUGCUUGGAGCCACAAAGUAUGGCCCAGCUGUUGAUAUGUGGUCAGUUGGAUGUAUUGUUGCUGAGCUUUUGCAUGGAAAACCAAUCUUGCCUGGGAAAAAUGAGCCUGAACAAUUGAACAAGAUAUUUGAGCUGUGUGGAUCUCCAGAUGAGAUUAUUUGGCCUGGGGUUUCCAAGAUUCCCUGGUAUAACAAGUUCAAGCCAACAAGGCCGAUGAAGAGGCGAGUGAGGGAGGUUUUUAGACAUUUUGACCGUCAUGCGCUGGAUUUACUAGAGAAAAUGCUAACCCUUGAUCCAUCUCAGAGAAUAUCUGCAAAGGAUGCCCUUGAUGCUGAAUAUUUUUGGACUGACCCCUUACCUUGCGAUCCUAGAAGUUUGCCUAAAUAUGAAUCAUCACACGAGUUCCAGACAAAGAAAAAAAGGCAACAGCAGCGACAAAAUGAAGAGAUGGCAAAGAGACAGAAAUUGCAGCACCCACAACAACAUGCUCGUCUGCCUCCAAUCCAACAAACAGGGCAAACUCAUCCUCAGCAUUGGUCCGGGCCUAAUCCCAUGAACAAUUCCCAGGCUCCAGUGUCAGCUGGACCUAGUCACCACCACUACGGAAAGCCUCGUGGUCCUCCCGGAGGGCCAAAUAGGUACCCUCCUAGCGGUAAUCCUAGUGGUUUUGAAUCUUUAUAG